AUGGAUGAACCGGUGGAUAUUUAUGAGCAGGCGGCGUUGAAUAUGUCGAUUCCGGAUGGUUGUGAUGUUAAUCGAGCAGUUUACGCGUCUAUCAAGCAACUAAUCAGUCAUGACAUUAUUGAUCCAAGUUUAGUAGGAUUUCAGAACUGUGAGCCACUGUGCGGAAUAUGCUACCACGGCUCCAAAGAGUGGGAUUAUAUCCGUUUCAAUAUCAUAGUCAUUGGAAUCAUCCUACCAAUUGUUGGAGUAUUUGGAAUAAUUGGAAACGCUAUAUCCGCUUUUGUUUAUAGUAGACCAGAAAUGAAAUGCUCCACCAACUUUUACCUAUUCUCACUUGCUUGUUCUGAUACCGGUGUAGCCCUUACUGGAAUUUUCUUAUUCUCCCUGGAAACAUUCCGUCCCUUCUCUCUCACUGUUGCCAGAAUGUCAGGUCAACUAUCUGCUAUUGUGUACCCAAUGGGUAUGAUUGCUCAAACGUGCUCUGUGUAUUUUACAAUGUGCGCUGGUGUUGAUUGUUUUGUACAGGUCUGCCUCCCUGAGAAAAUCCGUCGGUUGUUCUCACGAAAAGAAACGGUUCAUUUCCUGGCUGUUUGUGUGGUUAUAUUUUCCGUUUUAUACAAUGUACCUCACUUUUUCGAAGGAUUUGUCAUUGACUGUUAUCAUAAAGAACUUGGUGGAAUGAGCAGAGAAGUUUGUCCAGCCACUCUGAGAUAUAAUGAAUUGUAUCAAUCAAUCUACUAUAAAUACAUGUAUGCUAUAUUUUUGGCAGUUGGGCCACUGAUAACGCUGAUUGUUCUCAACACAUUCAUUAUCGGUUUCUCUGUUUUCGGAUCCAGUGCCUCCAACACCGAUGACACGAUGUCCUUGAUUCUGGUAGUCCUGCUGUUCAUCUCUUGUAAUACGAUUGCUUUGAUUAUCAAUAUAUUUGAGAGUUACCUCUCGGAGACUCUCGGCAGCAAAAUCAACUAUAUCGUUGACUUAUCCAACUUUCUGGUGGUAUUCAAUUCGAGUUUCAACAUCAUCAUCUAUAUCAAAUACUCCCGCCCGUUUGCUGACACCCUUUUCUCCUACUUCUGCCGCCGGAAGCCAAAAACCGAAAGCCCUGGACCAGGACCUCCAAUCAUGAUAACUGAGAAGCCGUCUCGGUCGAAGAAGUGUAAAGAGACACUGUCUCGGUUAUUAGUAGCUUCUCAGCCAGAGGUACUUAUUUGA